UUAAGGAUCUCUUUUCAGAAGAAAAAAAACAAAAUGGUGAUGGCUUUUAUCUUCGUAACGCUAGGGUUUUUUUCCACGAAAACAAAUGUAGUAUCAGCAAGUUGGCAGCAAGCCCAUGCAACUUUCUAUGGCGGCAGUGACGGUAAUGGUACAAUGGGCGGUGCCUGUGGAUAUGGAAAUCUUUAUACCGACGGCAUUGGAGUAAAAAAUGCUGCACUGAGCACAGCUUUGUUCAAUGAUGGCAAAGCAUGCGGUGGAUGCUAUCAGAUUACCUGCGAUUUUGCCAGAGACCCUGAAUGGUGCAUCCAGGGUACAUCCAUCACAAUUACUGCUACAAAUUUCUGCCCACCAAAUUAUAAUCGUCCCAAUGACAAAGGAGGAUGGUGCAACCCUCCACUCCCUCACUUUGACAUGUCUCAACCUGCCUUUCAGACUAUUGCCAAGUACAGUGCUGGAAUCGUACCUAUCCUCUAUACGAAGGUGCAAUGCCAGAGAAGUGGAGGCAUAAGAUUUACUAUAAACGGAAGUAACUACUUUGAGCUAGUGCUAAUAUCAAAUGUAGGAGGACCUGGAGAGAUCUCAAACGUAUGGGUAAAAGGGUCGAAAUCAAAUAACUGGGGAAUUAUGUCAAGGAACUGGGGUGCUAACUGGCAGAGCCUUGGCUAUCUGAAUGGGCAGAGCUUGUCGUUUAGACUCCAAGCAAGCGACGGACGUAUCCUCACAGCUCCUGACGUGAUACCCUCUAAUUGGAAGUUUGGCCAGUCCUUCAAAACCAAUGUUCAGUUCAACUAGAAUAUAUAUAUAUGUCUAUCAAAGUUUCUAUGUGCUUAUAUAUUUUCCUUUCAACGAAACGUUUGUAUGAUUAUGAACGUAGCUUGGCUGUGGCAUUGGCGUCGGUAAUGAAGCCCACCAACCAAGUAUAUGAAAAUUAAUUAUAUAUGUGGAAAAUAGAAUCAUAUUACUCUGUCUGAAA